UACCCCUUGUUAAUCCUAAUACUUCUCCCUUCCCGCCAUUGUCUGCACCUUGGUCCAUUCUCACCCAUAAAUACAAAACCCACCAUGCAUCUCACUUCCACCCUCCUGGCUGCUGCUGCCACCCUUUCGGGCGCCAACGCUGCCUCCAAGGGUUUCAACUAUGGUGCUUUCUUUGGCAAUCAGCAGGCCAAGCAGUAUGUCGAUUUCAAGUACGAGUUCGAAGCUGCCCAAGAGCUUCCCGGAACCAACGGCCAGUUCAACAGUGCCCGUCUGUAUACCAUGAUUCAGCACGGAACCGCAAACACCGUCAUCUCUGCUAUCCAGGCCGCCAUUGACACCAAAACCGAGCUUCUCUUGGGUAUCUGGGCCUCUGCUGGAUCCGCAGUCGUCGACAACGAAAUCACCGCCUUGAAGACUGCCAUCAGCCAAUACGGCUCUGCCUUCACUGAUCUCGUUGUCGGUAUCUCUGUCGGUAGCGAGGACUUGUACCGCAUUACCCCUACUGCCAUUGGCAACGGCGAGACAAACCCUGGCGCUCAGCCCGCUGAGCUCGUCAACUACAUCAAGAGGGUUCGGGAUGCCAUCUCGGGAACCACCAUGUCCGGAAAGCCUAUUGGACAUGUCGACACCUGGACUGCCUACGACAACUCCAGCAACGCUGAAGUGAUCGCUAACCUCGAUUUCCUUGGUGUUGAUGCCUACCCCUUCUGGGAGGUCGAGCACGAUAACAGCAUUGGUAACGCCAACACCACCUUCUACGAUGCCCUCCAGAAGACCAAGAAUGCUUCUCAAGGAAAGCCUGUUUGGGUCACCGAGACAGGUUGGCCCGUGUCUGGGCCCAACCAGGGCAACGCUCAGGCGAACGCAGACAAUGCCGGUAUCUACUGGCAAGACGUCACCUGUUCUCUUCUUUCUCAGGGAGUGAACCUCUGGUACUACACCCUGCAGGAUGUUCAAUUCGGCAACCCGGUCCCUAGCUUUGGCCUGAAGCCCGGAGGUGACCUCAAGGCCGUUAGCCCCUUGUUCGAUCUUUCUUGCCCGGCCGGCCUCAAGCCUACGAAAAGUGUCACGUUGAAGCCUAGCAGUACACUGGCAGUGAGCCUAACGCUCCCAGUAGAUCAUACACGCACCACGUCCGUUCCUCCAGCACCACCAACACCACCGCCAUUACCUGUUACAAGUCUUCCUCCUACUCAACCCGUACAACCCCCUCCCAUCCCGAAUAAACCAACCGAGACUCCGGCCUGGCCUGAUCUUGCGCCAACUUUCUUAGCGCCUAGCAAGAUCCUCCCCAUCGAUUCUUUGGAUCCAAACAAGAUCAUCGGCAAUCCUUUCACGGCUCAGCUAUCGCCAACUCGUUCCACAAUCUUCUCAUUCAACCUUCCACCGGGACCGGGUAAGAUGUGCAAUCUCGUAUUCACUCUUCCACCGCCAUACGAUCCGCAAUAUCCUUCUCCUUACACCAUGACUUCGCCCGGUGGAAUCGUUGUAUUUCGUCUCACCACAUCUGGCGUGCCUUCUCAGGUUGUUGGAAACAUCCCCGCGCUCUUGCCGGGCAACAAGUAUUUGAUCCAAAGUGCACCUUGCUCGAAAGAGCAGCUGAAUUUUCGGAUAGAUUCGGUGGGAGGGCUAGAUCUCUCGUUUUUCCAAACUCCAUCACCAGCGCCGAUUGGGUUGUUCCAGGAAUGGUCUUUUUGAACUGGAUACUGAAUAAUACCGGAUGCAAUAUGGUGUUCUGGUGGGGACAGGGGAUCGGAUGCCUGCUGCAUGUAUCAUUAAAGAAGUGUAUGUUCUGAGAUUUUAGUUUUGCAUAAUGUAAUGUUCCAGUCAUUUGGGGCGCUUCUGAAAUCGUGAAACUUUGUCAACUACCAUGUGAUGAUUUUCCCCUGGAAUUAAUAGAAGUAAGCCUACAAUGCGUGCUUCCCUGUAGGACUAUCACAACCUAAUUUUCCAAGAUUGGUGACCGUAUUGGGUGACGACGGAAUAGGGGAAAGACACCGUGAUAGAAUGAAGUUGAUUGGUAGAUUGAGCGAGUAUCAACAGCAAGUCUACUCAAAAUACACGAAACCUUCCCAAACACCUUGCCGUGCGGAAACCAGAAGCCAGCUCAGCAGCAUAAAGCAGAUCGCUUAACAACAAUAAGACCCCGAUAUACAAGAAGUAGCAGAAACACGCGAUGCAACACAGACGAAAUGUCCUCUCCGGCGAUGCUUUUUGUUGGAAAACUUGUACACACAGU